AUGGUGUGGUCUUUCAAGGGGGUGCUUGUGUUUAUCUACAACAGACUCACGAUCGGUCUUUCGCAACACCGAUUAGCCUUGGCUGUGGGCGCUUUUACAGUAUGCACAUUUGUCGUCUCACUACUCUUCGACCUCCUUAUAUGCAGACCGAUUGAGAAAAACUGGCAGGUCAAGCCCUAUGCAGGAAACAACUGCACUGUGCGCCCAUUAAACUACAUCGUCAUUGAAGUCUUGAGCAUCUUAACCGAUCUCUGUAUCAUGUGCGUUCCGAUUCCAUUGAUUAUCGUCGCCAAAAUCCCGACGUCUCAGAAGUGGAUCCUCACGGGUCUGUUCUCCUCCGGCAUCUUCGUCAUGAUUGCUGCCGGUCUUCGAGCAUACUACUCCGUCAAAGACCUCUCGACUCUCGCAACGGCUUUGGGCUGGGCAUCACGGCAGGCCUUUGUCUCAGCCAUUAUCGUCUGCGCUCCAGGGAUCAAGCCCCUUCUUUCUCGCUUUUCCUGGUUUGCGUCCUACAGUUCUUCCCGCGGAUACGACAAAAAGGACCGAAGCCGAACGACCUUUUUCAACUCCAAGAGUGGCGGUCGAGACGUGACGGUGGUCAGUACGUGUGAGCCUCAGCCGUACGAGCUCUCAUCUAUGGACUGGCCAAGGAAGCGCCAGAAUUCGUCGGGAGAGAGCCAGGAACAUAUUAUGGAUCUCCUGCCGGCACCACAGCAGGGCUACACUGGCGACUCCGAACGGAAUAUGGGCAUUAUGAUAACGACGGAUGUCACUCUGGCGCAUGAGGAUCUCCCUCCCGAGGAUCUGCACAACGUAUCCACCACGCCACCAUAUGGGCAUUGA